AUGGCUGUCCCAGAUGCCCGGACACGUAGGAAGAUCAGCCUUCAGCCAGCCAAAGUCAUAUCUGCGUCACUCAACAGCAGGUCGUUUCCCAGACUGUUCGUUUCCAAUGUUCUGUUUGUCUUGACACUCUUUUCCGCCAAAGAAUGGCUCCUAUCGUAUGACGUCGGUGUGUUUUGGAUGGUCAUGAGGGUGCUCGCUAUCGGGGGAUUAGGAACACUAGGAUGGGAGGCUGUCAAUUCCGAACUUGCGGAAAACAAAGGCGUUGAGUGGACCGCUCUCGGCCUAUCUUCGUUCCUUGUCUUCAUGCAACAAGCCUCGUUGUACACAGCCCUAUACCGCCUGUCAUCACCUCGCGUCAUUUUAUUCACACACUUCUCCACCUCUUGGGUAGGUGCCGUGGUCUCUUCCGGUUCGAUUCGGCAACCCAUAGCGAUAGUCUGCGCAUUCGUUUUGUCUUUUCUAUGUGAUGCGGCGUUCUCGAAUCGUAGUCCUCAUAUGCUACUUCCGGGAUAUGGCUGCCUCGUGCUUCAUGGCUUGGCAACCUAUGUUCUAGAAUAUGUGCGGGGUGUCUUAUCACCAUCUCUCAGUCCGUCCAAGACGACGGCUGUGAGUACCAUGGGUGCUGUUCUUCUAGCCCUUCCAUUUUAUGCAUUCAGGAAAGCCGUUCUCAAUUUGCCACCAUCGCCGGUUGUGCCGCUGUUGUCGUUGGCUAUCCUCCCUCUUUUAACGUAUAGCAUGGUGUUCCUGACGCCGGAAACGAACGUGAACCAGUAUAACCCUUCCCAAGCUUCACAGUCAUUCCUCUUCACAUACCCUCUGGCAUUUUUUAUGGCCGGUCUGUCCUUUACUACGCAUUAUACCCCGGUCAAGAUCCAACACUCACAUCAGCACCGCGCACACCCUGUAUCGAAGCUCAUUCGUUUCUACCUGAACUCCGUCCUAUCAGAUAACGAGUCAAGAAAGAUAUUUUAUUUUUUGGUGUUGAACAUGUGCUAUAUGCUCAUACAAAUGUUGUAUGGUGUCUGGACUAAUAGCCUGGGUUUGAUUUCUGACGCUAUCCAUAUGGCAUUCGACUGUUUGGCUAUCGGCGUUGGUCUACUUGCCUCCAUCAUGGCAAAAUGGCCGCCAAAUGAACGGUUUACAUACGGGUACGGCAGAAUAGAAACCCUAUCGGGUUUCGCAAAUGGAAUAUUUCUCAUUUUGAUAUCUGUCUUCAUCGUGUUUGAAGCGGUCGAACGCAUCUUGGAUCCUCCUGAGAUGACGACUAGUCAGUUGUUGCUCGUCAGUUCCCUCGGGCUCGGGGUCAAUCUGUUCGGUAUGUUUGCGAUGGGAGGCCAUCAUCACCAUCAUGGACAUGGUCAUUCACAUGACCACGGCAGUCACUCACAUGCACACAAUCACAGUUCAAAUCUUCGCGAUACUAAACAGGGCAACGCUCACUCUCUUCACCCUCGUGAGCGUAACCAUCCGCACCUCCACACGGUGGAAAAUCACCAUCACACUCACGACCACGGAAGCGCUUCGCAUGUCCACCAUGACCACACGGCUAAUGGCACUUCCCAACGCAACGUCGUGCUGAACAAUGCGAUGAAUGGCAGGAAGCCCCAUUCCCGUGGGCCGUCACUAAUAAUCAGUCAAGAGGGCUUGCAGAGCUUUUCAGCCUCGUCACAAGUCCCGUUUCCAGUGACUUCACCGACAUCAAUAGAUUCUCCAAUCUCUCCCAACUACCCGAAGACCCUCCAACACGAUUACCAUCACACUCACCACUGCCACGAUCAUGAUGACGACGGACACGACCCUCAUCACCACGUCCACUCACAUGGUCGUAGUCACGAUCAUGAGGGACACAGCCAUAAUAUGCGAGGCGUUUUUCUGCAUGUCAUGGCAGAUACUCUGGGAUCUGUCGGAGUAAUCAUUUCCACGCUCCUUAUCCAGUACUAUGGCUGGACAGGUUUCGACCCCAUCGCUUCGAUAUUCAUUGCGGUAUUGAUCGCCGCUAGUGUCGUCCCACUCGUGAUCGACACUGGUAGAGUGCUUAGUCUGGAUUUGGGUGAUAACGAGAGCAAGGUACAGCAAGCGUUAUCAGAGGUGGGAAACCUUGAUUUCGAUCUAUUAGCCCUCAUGCUGACGGUGGCGAGUUCCCAGCUUUUGCACAUAGAGGGUGUCGCGUCUUAUUCCUCGCCGCGCUUUUGGCCAAAAGAUUCGACAAGCAUUAUCGGCUCCAUUCACAUAAAACUGUCUGAGCCUGCAUCCCGCGACCACACAGAGGGGUCAGGUAUAGACCAAUUGCUGGAGCGUGUAAUUACCUCGUUGCGGAGUCGGAUACCUGGGCUUGAGGAAGUCACCGUUCAAUUUGACCAGUUCAGCCAUCCAUCCAUUAGAUAA